UGUGUUUUGGUUUGUGAAGGAGCCGGCUGCCGGCCUGAGGGGAGGAGGCAGAGGAGGGAGGAGGAGGAAGAAUCAGUCGGAACUCGAGCGCCGGCAGCGGUGGCGGAGGAGGAGGAGAAAGGAAGGAGGAAGGCGGAGCGGAGAGAGGCGGAGACGGAGCCCGACAGGGGCGGCACCACGGCUCCAGCUCCUCACCGUCCAGUGUGAGGGGAGCGGCGCGAGGAGGAGACGCCGCCGCAGCCACAGCCUAAUUCGUCCUUCGGGCCACGCCUGGGCCUUACCACCAGGAAGCUGCGGCCCCGCGGCUUCGCGUGGCGCGGUCUCAGGUUUCUUGACCUCCAGAAAGAAAAAAAAAAUUGACACUUUGCAUCCUGGAAGUGCAUUUAGAAGUCUGAAAUUAGAAACUUCUUUCAAAUUUGGACAUGGCUAAUCGAGGAGCAACAAGACCAAAUGGGCCAAACACUGGAAAUAAAAUAUGCCAGUUCAAACUAGUACUUCUGGGAGAGUCUGCUGUUGGCAAAUCAAGUCUAGUCCUUCGUUUCGUGAAAGGCCAGUUUCAUGAAUUUCAAGAGAGUACUAUUGGGGCUGCUUUUCUGACCCAAACUGUGUGUCUUGAUGACACAACGGUAAAGUUUGAAAUAUGGGAUACAGCUGGUCAAGAACGAUACCACAGCUUAGCACCAAUGUACUACAGAGGAGCACAAGCAGCCAUAGUUGUAUAUGAUAUCACAAAUGAGGAAUCCUUUGCAAGAGCCAAAAACUGGGUUAAAGAACUUCAGAGGCAAGCAAGUCCCAACAUUGUAAUAGCUUUAUCAGGAAACAAGGCUGAUCUAGCAAAUAAAAGAGCUGUAGAUUUCCAGGAAGCACAGUCCUAUGCAGAUGACAACAGUUUAUUAUUCAUGGAGACAUCAGCUAAAACAUCAAUGAAUGUAAAUGAAAUAUUCAUGGCAAUAGCUAAAAAGUUGCCAAAGAAUGAACCACAGAAUCCAGGAGCAAAUUCUACUAGAGGAAGAGGAGUAGACCUUACUGAACCUACACAACCAACCAGGAGUCAAUGUUGUAGUAACUAAACCUCCAGUUUGAACUAGCUGGAAUAUUCUGCUUCCUAAAUGUUAACAGCGGGAUUGGAGCAUUUAACCGGCCCAGUAUGACUUCCAAAAAGAAGAGACUUACGAUAGAGUCCAGUUUCUAAUACAGAAUUAUUUUAUGUGUUUUGAACUUAAUUUUUAAUAACAUGCAUGUAUCCCUCUAACUAAUGUUACAGCAAUAGAAAGGGAAGAUGAGAACUAUGUGUAUACUUGUUUCAUUGGAAGGUUACGAGGGAAUCAUUUGUCAUCAUUAGAGAUAAAGAUAAAUGACUGGAUCCACAGCUAACCAUCCAGUUUCUCCAAACUGGAGCAGUAGUCAUCUAUGUUAAAGAUUUAGAAAUUAUUAAUUUGGACUUUCGAAAAACAUUUUUAGGAUUCUCCAGAUGUUUAUGCUUAGCUGCAGUAUUCAGGCAAAUGAUAAUUUCUUUUAUCUAAAGUGUACAUUCCACAUUUUAAUAAUAAAUUAACCAUAAGAAUACCGUCCCACAUCUCCAGGAAGAAAAAGGAAAUUAGUGGCAUCAAAAUUAUAGCCAGUCCCGUUAUUUUUUUAAAUGGGGUAAAAAAGCAAAUGUAGCCCCAUCUUGUUUUAAGAGUAUAAAAACAGAUAAAUGCAAUUUAAUAAAUAGUGUUCUCUUCAUGUGAGCUCUUCAACAAAAAUGAAACAAACCAGGUGUCUGUGAUUUAUAUUUAAUCACUGCUGGCCAUUAUAUAGGUCUUGUUUGGGGAUAGGGAAGGGGCUUUUGUUCCCUUUGGAUAUAAAUAUAGUCAGUGCACUAACAAUUAUGUACAUUCAAACUUGAUUACUUUAAAUUUGAUUUCCAUCUGUACUGUAAAUAGGGUACUGCAUUGUCUCCAUAUGUCUAUUAUUUUUCUGUAAUAUUUAAGAAUUGCUUAAAGUAUACAAAAUGUACAGUUACUAAAACAGCUAAUUAUUUCUUCCUCCUUUGAAAGGAAGGGGCUUCAGUUGUUCCUCAUAACUAGAACCAUAAUAAACAAUGUACCUGUAAUUUGUAACAUAAAUAUUGCAUUGUUAGUAACAAUCUUGCAGCCUUGUUUUUCAAAGUCCAUUUUAUUUUAAUCAGUUCAGUAUAUUGCACUAAUUAUUUUAGGUCUUUUCAUUAUAUGAAAUCUACCAUGUGUCAGAGAUGAUUUAAUCUAUUUAAGUGUUGAACUGCUAGCAGAACUUGUACAUUUUACAGUAAUUCAGAAUUAGUAAGGAAAACAGUUCACCAGUGUUUAGUUUUAUAUUGAGGUGCUCAGGUUGGAAUAAAGUGGUAUAAAAAGCAA